CAAAUCUCUGGCUCUCAGACUUCUGCACCGGACAAGCAUGGAGAAGCAACAAAUCCCAAAAUUUAUAAACUCAGGUGUCACAGCAAUAGCGUCUCUGGCCAAGGCUCGCUGAAUAAAGAUGCACAUGGACUUGGGGAGACAAAGCAGAUGACUCAAAGGAGGAGAAAGAAGUCCACUCCCUGAUCCCAGGACCACAGUUUGUGAUGAUGUGAGUCAUCAGGUUACCAAGGCCAAAGGCGAUAUCUUUCAAGACAUGGAGGCGAUUCUGCUUUGUGUCUGGACUCUGUUGGUAGAUGGACCUUGAUGGCAACAUGAGGUCAAAGAAACUGUAACUGUUUUGUUCUGCUCACCUGACUUCUGUCAGCAUGCCAACAUAGCAUAGAUGAUUCACCCUUUAAAGAGACACAACUGGGAGCUAACAGGGUCUUACGAUGUAGCAGCUACAGGUGACUUGUAUGUGGCCGAUGAUUCGAGACAGUCCAACCACAGUCAGUAUGGAAGUGCAGACAGCCUCUCUGGUUUGGAUAUAUGUUAACAGUACAGAACAACUGAACACUUCUUAUGAGUACAACGCAACAGAUUGGAUCGAAGACCCAGACAGAUACCAUUCUUACAUUAUCGGUCUCUUCCUGUCCUGCCUGUACACCAUCCUCCUCUUUCCUAUUGGAUUUAUUGGGAACAUUUUAAUCCUGGUGGUGAACCUGAACCACAGAGAUAAGAUGACCAUCCCCGACCUUUACUUUGUUAACCUGGCUGUAGCUGACCUCAUCCUGGUGGCGGAUUCCCUCAUCGAGGUCUUCAACCUGAAUGAGAAGUAUUACGACUACGCCGUCCUCUGCACCUUCAUGUCCCUGUUCCUGCAGGUCAACAUGUACAGCAGCAUCUUCUUUCUCACGUGGAUGAGCUUCGACCGAUACAUCGCCUUGGCUAGCUCCAUAAGCAGCAGCCCGCUGAGGACUAUGCAGCACGCCAAGCUCAGCUGUAGCCUCAUCUGGAUGGCCUCCAUCCUAGCCACCCUUCUCCCCUUCACCAUUGUGCAGACCCAGCACAGGGGUGAGGUGCACUUCUGCUUUGCCAACGUCUUUGAGAUUCAGUGGUUGGAGGUCACCAUUGGCUUUUUGGUGCCCUUCUCCAUCAUUGGCCUGUGCUACUCUCUGAUUGGGCGGAUCCUCAUGAGAGCCCAGAAGCACCGUGGAUUGUGGCCACGGCGGCAGAAGGCCCUGCGUAUGAUCGUGGUGGUGGUUCUGGUGUUCUUUAUCUGCUGGCUGCCAGAGAACGUCUUCAUCAGCAUCCAGCUGCUGCAGGGCACAGCUGACCCUUCGCAGAGGACUGCUACCACUCUGUGGCAUGACUACCCGCUCACAGGCCACAUCGUUAACCUGGCAGCUUUCUCCAACAGCUGCCUCAACCCCAUUAUCUACAGCUUUCUAGGAGAAACCUUCAGGGACAAGCUGCGUCUCUUCAUUAAGCAGAAGGCCAGCUGGUCAGUAGUGAACCGCUUCUGCCACCACGGCCUGGAUUUACACCUCCCUGUCAGGAGCGAAGUGUCAGAGGUGUGACUGUAAAGAAGAAAGACAAUAGUUAUAAAACUGAUUCCAACAAAAUAUGCUAUAACAUCUUUUACAUCAAAGUGAUAUAUCACCCAGUGUGGUACAUGACCUCUGCUUUCUUCAUCUGUUUUGUAGCUUUGCCUCAUAGUUGUACCCAUGUCUCAGUUAACCUGCUCACUUUCUGAACAAAAACACAACACCACCAAGAAUGUACACUCAAAGAAAGAUGAAAAUGACUGGAUGUGUGUAUCCCUUUAAGUAGAUAACAAUGCAAACACUGUUUUAAAGCUAUUUUCAUGUUUAUCUGCACGUUGGAUUGUUUUCUUUCAGUGUAUUUGGUGUGUUAUUUCUUCAAAAAGUUAGCUGGAUGGCAAGGCAGGCGACAGUUAAUCAAAAUGUCAGCAUCUACCCUUCAAGUACAGCAAGUGGGCCAAGAUUACCAAUGGAUAGAUGAGUGUCACAGGAGA